CUGUGCAAAACGCUUUUCUUCUCUUUUCUUUUCUUCUCUUUCUUUUCUUUUCUUUUCUAUGUUCCGGUAGGAGGCGGGUGUUAGAGAAGGAGCGCCACUAUUGGACAGUUUGGAACCAACCAGAACCCGCGUAAUGCCUCUCCUGACCAAUGGACGACGUUCUAACAGAUAUUGGCUACGCAACGGGUUGGUAAACGAACUCCAGAGUAUCCUCCGCUGCCGUCAUCAUUUUGGGAUACGAUGGGACGCAGGAAGUCUAAGAGAAAGCCACCACCCAAAAAGAAGAUGACGGGCAACCUGGACACCCAGUUCACGUGUCCCUUCUGUAACCACGAGAAGUCCUGCGACGUCAAGAUGGAGAGAACGCGGAACACAGGAAUCAUAUCGUGCAGCGUGUGCUUGGAGGAGUUUCAGACUCCUAUAACAUAUCUUUCUGAGCCCGUGGACGUUUACAGCGACUGGAUCGACGCCUGCGAAGCGGCCAAUCAGUAGUCGCGUUGACACAACUCACGCCUCCUUCGGAGCCUCGCUCUGGGUUCGCUUCACGUAGCCAAAGGUUUUUUUUUUUGUUUCUCUGAAGCGUGUCGAAUUCUUUUUAGUUCCACGUUUGUUGACCGAGUCACAUUCCUCUGGUCGGAGUGACUUUCCAUUGUAAAUAUAAACACGUUUCACAUCUGUAUGUAGCCUCCAUUUGCUCUGGGUAAAUGUUUUAUUUUUACUGUUAAUGGACCAAACUGUCUUGGAGAUUUUCCACUGUUAAAAUAUCCCCCCCCCCUCCACCCAUUUAAAUAAAUGAUCUGCCAUUUACAUUUUUAUUUAGAUUGUCUAAAGUUUAAUAAUUGUGUUUUAUUAUUUUAGUAUUGUUUCCAUAGGCAAACAUAGGUCAGUGAUUCACUGAAAAAAAAAAAAACUUGCCAACUUUUUUAUCCCGGUGGUUUCACAAUCGUCUGUUUUCGUGCCACUGUGAUGUAUUCCACACCUGCAGGUGCCGACGAUGAUUAAAACAAUGAAAUCACAGUUGGCAUUUUCAAGUGUUUUUAUUGCACUAAAGUUUUAUUUUUUGGUUUUUUAUUUUAAAAUACUUUUUUUUUUUUUUUUUUUUUGUGAAAGGCGCACAGCGAUCCUGGAACAGAAUUUUACGGUGAAACUGCUUAUUUACAACGAAGCCCACAUCGUUGCUGUUGUGGUGACAGAAUGAAAACAUUCAGUUUAGUGCACAAUCCAAAAAAAAAAACUAAAUUGGAAACAGUAAAUUCAACAACAACAAUAAAAAAGAAUUUAUAAAAGUGGUGGAUUGAUAAGUCAUGCAAGCGACACUAGAUGGCGUACUUCCAAUUAAUAUGAACUGCAGACGUUCUUAGCAACAGCUAAUUGGAUAAUAUAUCACAAUGAUGAGUGGCAUCUGCAACCUUACAAUAAAGUGACAAUGAUCAGAAAUAUUUCUCUAGGUCUGAUUUUAGUAAGGUUUCAGCAAGCAGCUUGGCCCCAUUUAUUUCUCCAUUAGUUGCUGGUACUCAGCCCUCGUCUAUAAGCCAAUCAGAUUUGAGAAUGGUGGCACGCUGUUCCCGAUACCUGCUCUUUGUGGUUGGUCCCAGGUGUUACAGUUGGAUUUGAGGGUGAGGGUUUUCCUGAUGCCGUUGUGGCCAAUAAAACCCUCCAGAUUCCACAAAAGACAUUAGUGACUGGAGAAAGUCCUCCUAGGGUUUUGGUCAUCAAUCACCAUUGAAGAUUAAUCUCCUACAUCUCAAGCAAAGUGAUGCUUCAUUAUUAUUCAUCAGGCAAAAGAAAUUAUUUUACUUCACUUGAUAUCAUCGAUAUGUGUACAGUGGUGCCCCCGGCCCAAUUGAGGACCAGUAUUCACAGAUUCACCUACGCAGAUUUCUCAUUUCAGCAGACAACCAAAUUAAUCGGCUAUUUGCUGAUUUCUCUGCAGAGCACAUCUGAGAAAUUCAAAAUAAUAUAAGGUAUGUUUAGUAUUUGAACUACUUAAAGGAAAGGGCAGUUAAAUAGGGGGGCACUGAUGAGGCCGACUGAUUUACGUAAUUUUGGAUAAUCGGUAGGUACACUUGGGUCUUAUUUACAUCUGCAAAAGUCUAAAAAAAAUAAAAUAUCAGCCCGUUUCCCCAUUUCUCUGCGGUGAGAGUGCCGACGGAAAUCUGCCCACUAUGUCACAUCGGUACAUGAGCGCUUAACAGUAGUCACCCCACUGUUGCCAACUUAGCAACUUCGUAGCCACGUUUAGAGGGGGAGGGAUACAAAAAAAAUAAAAAU